AUGUCUGAGAUCAUCGUCCUCACAUGUGCCUCUGGCAAACAGUGCAACCAGAUUAUUCCCGCACUGUACCAGGAGCCAUCGAUCUACAAACUACGACUGGUCGUCCAUUCCAAACAUUCCUUGGAUCGAUUAAGCAAACAAUACCCCAACGCCGAAGUCGUGCAGGCAGACCUUGACAAUCUAGACAGCUGCGGCCGCAUUCUCCACGGUGCCACCACCAUUUACUACGUCAGCCCAACUUUUAGUCCGCACGAAGUCCAAUACGGCACGAAUAUAAUCGACACCGCGCUCUCCGAGUCACGCAAGCCAGACUCUAAAUUCUUGCACUUCAUCUUCAGCUCCGUCCUGCAUCCGGAGAUCAGCAAGCUGCUCAACCACGACCGCAAGCGCCUGAUAGAGGAGUAUCUCGUCGAGUCCAGCCUGCCGUACACGAUCCUCCAACCGAGCCACUUCGCCGACAAUGCCAUCGGGAGGCUCCUCUCGUUGCGCAAAGAUCCGACCCCAGAUCCAAUAUUCGUGGCCGCACACGACCCGGAGGUGUCCUUUUCGUUCUCCUGUGUGCGCGACCACGCCGAAGCCUCGGUCAAGGUGAUUCGCGAGCGUUCCAGGCAUUUCUUUGCCACGUACCCUCUUGUGAGUACACUGCCGAUGAAGUAUUCGGAAUAUGUUCGGUCGAUUGGAGCGGUGUUGGGUAAGGACAUCACAGUCAGGCAAUUAUCUUAUGAGGAGGCAGUGGAAAUGUACUGCAGACUGUUUUUUGGGAGCCUCGAUGUAGAGCAGAACUUCAGAGAUGCGGUUGAGCGGCUUUUGCUGUACUAUAACAGGAGAGGUCUUGUGGGGAAUCCCGGCAUUUUGGAGUGGUUACUGGGUCGCCCGGGAACUACUCCUGCACAGCUGGCGCGGUUGAUGCUUCAGGAAGCCGAGGCUGAGAUAAAAUAG